AUGAGUAAGCUACUGAUCAUCCUGUUGCGCCGAGUCACCAUCGCGGUCUGGCUGAGCUUCACCUCACUGCUUAUUUAUUUCCUGCUUGCGCGCAGGAGCCGCGUGGACACGACCUGGUCGCAGCCGCCGCCGGCGGCAGCGACAGCGGCGGCCGCUAAUCUCAGGCUUCUGGCGUCUGCCAGAGGAGGCGCCUUCGGGACGCUGCCGCGCGCGUCGUGCCCGAGUUUCCUGGCCGUAGUGGUGUGCUCGGCGCCCGACCACGCUCCCGAGCGCCAAGCCAUCCGCGAUACGUGGGCCCGCGACGCCCGGCCGGGACACAGCGCGGUCUACUUCCUACUCGGCCGGUACACCGAGGAUGCCGCCAGACAGAGGGCCCUGAAAAGCGCUCGUGAAAGGUCUAUCGGCUCGGUACAGAGCGACGACUCGUCGGUUCUCCCCGAAAGCUCGGUGUUCGGAGACGUGAUCCGCGCCGACUUCGAGGAUACCACUAGGAACCAGACGCUCAAGUCACUGCUCCUUCUCCAGUGGGCGCACACGUUCUGUCCGCGUGUCAGCUUCGUCCUCAAGGCGGACGACGACGCUUACGUGGACCUGCCGGGCUUGGUCGGACUACUAGAGGCGAAGAAGGCCGCCUUCGAGAACGACACGCGCCGCGGCAACAGCGCUGGGUUCCUGCUCGGCAAGCGACACGAGAGCAGGCCGAUCGGUCGCAAACGCCGAAGGUACUACGGAAGCCCAGCCGGCUCAUGGGUGCCUGUCUACUUGUCCGGUGCUGCGUACGUGAUGUCGGGGGCCAUCGUGGGUCCGAUGCUUCGGAAGGCGCUGGAGACGCCCGCCCUGCACCACGAGAACGUCUUCCUCACGGGAAUCGUCGCGUCCAAGCUGCACCUGAGGCUGUUCAACUCGCCCUGCUUCGCCUGCUGCGACGAGCUGGCAGACCCGUGCGCUUACCGCGGGCUGCUGGCCGCCACAGUCGCCAAGCCCGACACCCUGCGCACGGCGUGGGCGCUCGCGCGUGGUCAGACGGCCGGGGCCUGCACUCCGCUCAACGGCACCGACCGCCACUGCUGAUGGCCGACGCGCGCGCGCGCAAUUGCUGCCUUCGUGCUGUUGCGCUA